CGCUGUAUAGUCUGCCUAAAGUUUAUCUUUGUAAAUUACAUACCUACCUACUCUUUGAAUACAACACAAAGUCAGGAAAAGAAAGUUAUUUUUAAACUUUGUCUAGUUUUACUAUAUUACUUAUUAAUCAAUCAUCGAUUAAGGUCUUUACUAAAAUUACGCGAUGAAUGAUAUAGUAUUUAUUGGCGAUUGGAUUAAAGACAGAGUUUUGGGAUCUGGAAGUUUUGGUAUAGUAGUUCUUUGGAAACACAAAAAUAAUGAACAAAAAUUGGCUAUCAAGACCUGUAAAUGGGGCGAUGAGCUCACCGCCAAACACAGAGAAAGAUGGACUAAGGAAGUCGAAAUGCUGCAAAUUUGUAACCAUCCGAAUAUCGUGGGUACAAAAGAAUUGCCUUCGGAAUUUGUCAACGGUCUAGCUCGCGCCAAUCCCUCCAAUUUACCUAUUUUAUGUAUGGAAUAUUGUAGUGGUGGCGAUUUGAGACAAGUAUUAACGAGAGCUGAGGCAUGCUGCGGACUAAAGGAAAUACAAGUUCGUAAAAUACUUAAUGAUAUUGGUAGUGCGAUGCGAUUUCUUCAUAAUAAUAAAAUUACUCAUCGUGACCUUAAGCCGGAAAAUAUCGUGAUGCAUGUGGAGGAUGUUGUAGGUAUCGAACAAACCCCUAAAAAAGUGACAUAUAAAAUAAUUGAUCUUGGCUAUGCUAAAGAAAUUGAUUCAAAUUCGAUAUGCGCUAGUUUUGUUGGCACCCUGCAAUACUUGGCACCUGAGCUCUUUUACAGCAAGACUUACAGCAACUCUGUUGACUAUUGGUCAUUAGGGCUACUAGCUUUUGAAAUAAUCUGUGGAACAAGACCAUUUCUACCAUUUAAAGCUCCAGUUGAAUGGAUGCCUUCUGUCAAAAAAAAAACACAUGAUAAUAUAUGUGUAUAUGAAACCUUCCAUGGUGAUAUAUGUUACUCAAAUGAGAUAUUUCCUGAAAACCAUAUAUCAAAACCAUUCAAGACUUUAAUUGAACAAUGGUUAAAAAUUGCAUUAGAGUGGGAUCCUAAAAUGCGAGGAAGAAAUGCUCCAUCUAAAGUAACAUUUGAUAUUCCUUCUGAAGAGAAAGGAAGUAAUUCAGCAAGUAAUAUAAUACUAUUUACUUUACUUGAACAGAUACUUGCAAAAAAAAUUAUCAAAAUAUUCUCUGUCACGACCAUGUCUCAAGUGGCCUAUGAAAUUAAUGAAUCAACAACAAUUUCGACUCUUAAGACUUGGAUAAGUAAGGACGUUAAUAUUCCCACUGAAAACCAAAUAUUAAUAUCACAAACAUCUUAUACUGAUAUUGAUAAUGAAGAGUUAGUCAUGAAAUAUUGGAAUGAAAACAAAUCUGUUAUGUUGUAUGUUUAUAAUAAAAACCAAAUAAUUGACAGUAGCUCUGCACCAAAUGUACCCAUAGCGGUCCAAAGGUGUUUAGAACACCACAAGGAUUUAUACAAUUAUAAAAAUAGCCAAAAUUUGUAUAGAAACGCUUUCUACUUUUUAAUAUCUCAAAUGGACAUUUACGAAGCUUUGAUAAAUGGAUUAUUCUCAAGAGCUGAAUCACUGAAACAAGAAAGCAAACAAUUGCUUGUGAAACAUAAUUCAGUAGACAAGAACUUGGGCCAAUUUCUGGCUAAAGUAGAAUUCGUUAUAAAAAUGACUGAAGAAGGAAAAAAACAUAUCGAGCACUUAAAAGAAAACGAAUUAGGAACAAAUUUCUUAGGUGGUUUUGAUAAGAUUUUUAAAGAAAUUGAUGGUUUAUUAGAAAAGACACAAAAGUUACAAAAUGCCUGGUCACAGUUAUCAAUAAGAGUAAAUUCCGCUGCAAGACGUAGCAAUGACGGAAUUUCGGCAGAUCUCAACAACUUUGUAGCAAAAUAUAAUUAUCAAAAUGUGUUUUCUAAUGCCUACAAAACAUUUAUUUCACAUAAAAAAAGCGAAUUUUAUAAUGGAAAUAGAGAAAGAGAAAAACAGUGCCCAGAUAUUGUCAGAGUUUGUUAUGAUAUUUUGAAGCUAAGAAGUAAAAUUUUGCAAGAGUUACAGCAUCAACAGUUUAUUUUAAAAUUGAAAGAUUUGAGUAUAGAGUUUACCAAGAUCUCAGACAUUAUAAUAAAUGCAACAGAUAAUGUUGAAAGAUUAAGUACUGAUUUGUCAAAUUUAAUGGAUGAAUUCACAAAUUGUGUUUGGUCCACAAUAAGUGUAGUUGCAAGAGAUGCAGAGAACAUAGCCAAUCUUCCUUACAGUGUUGUUUCAUUCCAAAAGAGAGAUUUUAAAAUAGGAGAAUCUAUGUCUCGUCAUUGUAUGCCUAUGGUACAUAGAGAAGAAGAUAAUGUAAAGUCUUUGAUUUCAGAGAGUUUGAAUUUGAGACAAAACCACACAAAUCUUUGCGAAAAAUUAAAUUCACAAAAGAAAAUGUUGCAGCAAACAAUUUUUGAUUUUGCAUUUUUAAAUGAUACUUCACAAUGAUCAUGAAGUUGUUUCGACUGUUAGUAUAAUACCCUGUAUUAUAUUAACAAUUAUUAUAUAUGUGUAUUUAACCAAUUUGAGAUUUAGUUGAUAGGAAUAUUUACUAUGUUUUAUGUGCAAUAUUAAUUCUGUUAGUGUUAAAAAUCAGAAAAAUAAUAAUGUGCCUUAUUUUUUGAUAAUUGCAAAUUAAUAUGAGAUACAUAAAUAAUUAUGAAUUUAAUCAUCAUUAUGUACUUAAAAAAUUGUGUAUUUUUCUGAAAGAAAUCUUUUUUGUUUUAAAUUUUUAUGUUAUGUACUGUAAAAUUAUAAUUUUAUAUUUAAAUGAAGUCGUUUAUUACAUAACGAAAUUUCGGUCUAGUCAUGCGUACAAAUAUUGGUUAUUUUU